GUUUCAGACCCACUCCUGGCGCCAUGUCUGUUCAUGGAGAGGGAACGAGAGGAUUUUACUUUGACACCGUUUUGUCGCUGGCACGGUCUUUGGCCACUCACCGGUGCGCGCCGAUAGAGAAGGUCCAGAAGUUACAGUGCAUGUGCCCUGUGGACUUCAGAGGGGGUUUUCAGCUCGACGAGAGGAGGAGAGAUGCGGUCAUCGCUCUUGGUAUCUUUUUAGUCGAGUCUGGCCUGCAGCACAAAAACACUAUUGUGCCCUACCUUCUUGGACUGCUUAAAGGGCUUACGCGAGUCCAGUGGACUGAAGAGAGCUCAGAACGCAAGGGCAGGGAGAGCCUCCCUGUUGCAGAGAACUUCAGCUUUUGUCUCGUGACACUGCUCUGCGAUGUCGCCCAGCACGACGAGACGUUACGAGGACAGAUACUGGAGGCGCUCAUGGACAUCAUGCAGGUGCUUCACGACGUGUGCAGGAGUCCAGAGGAUCGUGAUGAAGAGUACCUGUGUAGGUACACAGUACCCUGCCUGCUUGGCGUUAUCCGGGCGUUUGGGCGCUAUAGUAACACCGCCGAGCCGCUGCUGUCCAAGCUGUUCCCUCGGCCAGUCCCUCCUCUGCUGAUAACAGGCGAGGAUGGAGACUCGGCACACCGGGGGUCUUUCAACGACUUCCGCUCCAUCAUGCCAAGCUCUUUGCUCACAGUCUGUCAGGGAGACACUGCUCGACGUAAAGGCUCUCCCGUGCCCAGUAUAUCGCAACAGACAAGUCCGGAGAGAGUGGGUCCAACAUCCAGUUCACCCGCUGACCCCCCCACGCAAUACUUUGAAGGAUCAUACCUUCCUGAUGGCAGCACGGUGGAUCCGGACUACUACUUCUCCACAAUCAGCUCCAGUUUCUCGGUGUCGCCUCUCUUCAGCGGAAACAGCACCGCAGAGUUCGACAUCCCUCUGGAUAUGCUCAGGCAGCUGCUUCACAUGGUCGAGCAGUUUGUCUCAGAAUCAUUUCUGAAAACGCUGGACGACACCCUGGCUGAACUUAUAGAGUUGAACCCCGGCGGUCACCUCUACUACAAGACCUUCAGUGACCCUCUGUACGUAGCCAUCUUCAAAAUGCUGAGAGACAGCUUGUACAACUUUAAAGACCUACCGACAGGCUACGUGAAGGAGGUUCAUGACUUUGUCCUGGAGCAGUUUAGCUGCAGCCAGUCAGAGCUGCAGCGGAUUCUGCACGACGUGGAGUACCUGCAGAGUGAACCGAGCCCGCUCAAACUGCGCUGCCAGGCCAACGCCGCCUGUGUCGACCUCAUGGUGUGGGCAGUCACUGAAGAGCAGGGAGCAGAGAACCUGUGCACCAAGCUGUCGGAGAAACUGCAGUCCAAGACAUCCAGUAAAGUCAUCAUCGCUCACAUGCCCCUUCUCAUCUGCUGUCUGCAGGGCCUUGGUCGUCUCUGUGAGCGGUUUCCGGUGGUGGCCCACUCCGUCACCAUGUCAUUAAGGGACUUCUUGGUUGUGCCCUCUCCUGUUUUGGUUAAGCUCUACAAAUACCACAGUCAGUGCACAACAGGGGGUGGUGACAUAAAGAUCCAUGUCACCAAUGAAAAUUACCAGUCAACCCUCAGCACUCAUUCCAACAAGAGGAGUCAGCCUUCCAUGUACGAGCAGCUCCGAGACAUCUCCAUAGAUAACAUCUGCAGGUGUCUGAAGGCAGGGUUAACUAUGGAUGGGGUCAUAGUUGAAGCGUUCCUUGCUAGUCUAUCGAAUCGCCUCUACAUCUACCAGGAAAACGAUAAGGAUGCCCACCUGAUCCCAGAUCACACCAUCAGGGCUCUGGGUCAUAUUGCCGUGGCCCUCAGGGAUACGCCCAGAGUCAUGGAGCCGAUCCUGCAGAUCCUUCAGCAGAAGUUCUGCCAGCCUCCCUCCCAGCUGGAUGUUCUCAUUGUAGACCAGCUUGGCUGCAUGGUCAUUACAGGCAAUCAAUAUAUCUACCAAGAAGUUUGGAAUCUGUUUCAGCAGAUCAGCGUCAAGGCCAGCUCCAUGGUCUACUCUAUCAAUGAUUACAGGGAUCAUGGAUACAGACACUGUUCCUUGGCGGUGAUAAAUGCAUUGGCCAAUAUUGCUGCAAACCUGCAGGCUGAGCACAUGGUUGAUGAGCUGCUGGUCAACCUGCUUGAGCUCUUUGUCCAGCUGGGUUUGGAGGGCAAAAGGGCCAGUGAGCGAGCGUCAGACAAGGGCCCGGCGCUGAAGGCAUCAAGCAGUGCUGGAAACCUAGGUGUGUUAAUCCCUGUUAUUGCUGUGCUGACUAAGAGAUUACCACCCAUCAAGGAAGCAAAACCACGUCUGCAGAAGCUGUUCAGAGACUUCUGGCUCUACUCCGUGGUCAUGGGGUUUGCUGUGGAGGGAUCAGGUCUGUGGCCAGAAGAGUGGUAUGAAGGCGUGUGUGAGAUUGCCACUAAAUCCCCGCUGCUGACCUUCCCCAGUGGGGAGCCUCUGCGCUCAGAGCUGCAGUACAACUCGGCCUUGAAGAACGACACUGUCACCCCUGCUGAGCUCAAUGACCUGCGCAGCACCAUCAUCAACUUGUUAGACCCUCCUCCCGAGGUGUCUGCGCUCAUCAACAAACUGGACUUUGCCAUGUCCACUUAUUUGCUCUCAGUUUACAGGCUGGAAUACAUGCGGAUGCUGCGCUCGCUUGACUCUGAUCGUUUCCAGGUCAUGUUCAGAUACUUUGAGGACAGAGCCAUACAGAAGGACAAAUCAGGUAUGAUGCUGUGUGUGGUUGCCGUAGGCGACAAGGUUUUUGAGAUCUUCCUGCACUUGAUGGCUGAGAAACCAAAGACCAAAGCCCAUGAGGAGGAGCUCGAGCGCCAUGCUCAGUUCCUGUUGGUCAACUUUAACCACAUCCACAAGAGGAUCCGCAGGGUGGCUGACAAAUAUUUGUCUGGCUUGGCUGAAACUUUCCCCCACCUUUUAUGGAGCGGUCGGGUGCUGAAGACUAUGUUAGACAUACUGCAAACACUGUCCCUCUCCCUCAGUGCAGACAUUCACAAAGACCCACCUUACUACGACAUCCUGGACACGCCCUACAGAAUCACUGUGCCAGACACGUAUGAAGCUAGAGAGAGCAUAGUGAAGGACUUCGCAGCUCGGUGUGGGGAGAUCCUUAAGGAGGCGAUGAAAUGGGCGCCAUCUGUCACAAAGUCCCACCUCCAGGAGUAUCUGAACAAGCAUCAGAACUGGAUGUCCGGCCUGUCCCAGCACACAGGCCUCGCCAUGGCCACAGAAAGUAUCCUGCACUUCGCCGGCUACAACAGACAGAGCACUACUCUGGGGUCCACCCAGCUUACUGAGAGACCAGCUUGUGUAAAGAAGGACUACUCCAACUUCAUGGCCUCUCUCAACCUCAGAAACAGAUAUUCUGGAGAAGUGUCAGGUAUGAUCCACCUCUCACAGGCAGUCCGGGGCCACUCAGAUCUCAGUCAGCUGAUGGUCAAGCAGAUGGGUGAGGCGUUGGAUAGUGGGCAACCAGAGGCUUUUACUGAGGCCAUGUUUAAACUGGCUGCCUUGCUCAUCAACAGUGAAGACUGUGAUCUUCAGCUCCUGCAUCACCUCUGCUGGUCUCCUCUUAAGAUGUUUACAGAGCAUGGUAUGGAGACAGCCACUGCUUGCUGGGAGUGGCUGCUGGCAGCACGUGCCGGAGUAGAAGUACCUUUUAUGCGUGAGAUGGCAGGGGCAUGGCAGAUGACUGUGGAGCUGAAGAUGGGCUUGUUCUCCGAUGCUCAAGUUGAGGCAGACCCUCUGGCUGCUUCAGAGGAAAGCCAGCCUGUCCCUUGCCCUCCAGAUGUUACCCCCCAUUAUAUUUGGAUAGAGUUUCUGUUCCAGAGGUUUGAGAUAGCCAAGUACUCCAGUGCAGACCAGGUGGAGAUCUUCUGCAGUCUGCUGCAGCGCUCCCUCUCUCUUAACAUCGGUGGAGAGAAGAGCACUCUCAACCGUCAUGUGGCUGCCAUCGGACCUCGCUUCAGACUGCUGACGCUGGGCCUGGCUCUGCUGCACUCUGACGUCAUCACCAACGCUACUGUGAGGAACGUGCUCAGAGAGAAGAUUUACUCCACAGGAUUCGAUUACUUCAGUAUAUCUCCGAAUUUCCCCACCCAGGGGGACAAGCGGCUCCGUGAGGACAUCAGCAUUAUUACCCGCUUCUAUGCCAGCAUCGUCUCUGACAAGAAGUAUCUGGCAGCAUGCCACCUGGUCCCGCCUGGUGAGCUUGGCACUACUCCAGCCCCAAGCACCCUCUCUGCCGGGAUAUUUGGAUCGCUUAUCAUGUCCAGCACUUCUCCGAUAUCGAUCUUAAACAACCAGGACCCUUCGCUGAACAGUCUGUCAGUGAUGAAUGCUGCUGACCACAGGUCCAACAUAGACUCCAGCAGCCGCUCACAGCAGAGUGGCCAGGGAUGGAUCAAUACCUAUCCAUUGUCCAGUAGCAUGUCGAGCACGUCCAAGAAAUCAGGCAUGUCUAAGAAGACCAACAGGGGGACCCAGCUUCACAAGUACUACAUGAAACGCAGGACUUUGUUGCUGGCCUUACUGGCCAGCGAGAUUGAGCGUCUGACAACAUGGUACAACCCCCUGUCCACUCAAGAGCUGGCGAUCUCCACAGAACAGUCAGUGGAGACUAGCAUCGCCAACUGGAGGUCCAAGUACAUCAGUCUGACUGAGAAACAGUGGAAGGACAACGUUAACUUGGCAUGGAGCAUAGCACCUUACCUGGCUAUGCAGUUACCAGCCAGGUUUAAGAAUGAGGCCAUUGUGGCAGAAGUGACGAGGCUGGUGAGACUGGAACCCGGAGCAGUGAGUGACAUCCCUGAGGCCGUCAAGUUCCUGGUGACAUGGCAUACGAUUGAUGCGGAUUCUCCUGAGUUGAGCCACAUCCUGUGUUGGGCUCCAGCGGACCCCCCCACUGGCCUUUCCUACUUCAGCAGCAUGUACCCCCCUCAUCCUCUCACAGCUCAGUAUGGGGUGAAGGUGCUGCGUUCCUUCCCCCCGGAUGCCAUCCUGUUCUAUAUUCCCCAGAUUGUGCAGGCGCUCCGGUAUGAUAAGAUGGGUUACGUGAGAGAAUACAUCUUAUGGGCGGCCCAGAAGUCUCAGCUCCUGGCCCACCAGUUUAUCUGGAACAUGAAGACCAACAUAUACCUGGAUGAAGAGGGGCACCACAAGGAUCCUGACAUCGGGGAGCUGUUGGAGCAGAUGGUUGAGGAGAUCACAAGUUCUUUGUCUGGUCCUGCCAAGGACUUCUACCAGAGAGAGUUUGAGUUCUUCAACAAGAUCACCAACGUCUCUGCUAUUAUCAAGCCAGUUCCAAAGGGAGACGAGAGGAAGAGGGCAUGUCUCAAAGCUCUGUCAGAUAUCAAAGUCCAACCAGGUUGUUACCUGCCUAGCAACCCUGAGGCUAUAGUCCUUGACAUUGACUACAAAUCUGGAACACCCAUGCAGAGUGCUGCUAAGGCACCCUAUCUGGCUAAGUUCAAGGUGAAGCGCUGUGGGGUGAGUGGAUUGGAAAAGGAAGGUCUACGGUGCCCCUCGGACUCUUUGGAGGAUGGACAGGAGAAUGCAGAUGGAGCACACAGGGUUUGCUGGCAGGCUGCCAUCUUUAAAGUAGGAGAUGACUGCAGACAGGAUAUGCUGGCUCUGCAAAUCAUUGGCCUGUUUAAGAAUAUUUUCCAGCUGGUGGGCCUGGAUCUGUUUGUCUUCCCCUACCGAGUUGUUGCCACAGCUCCAGGCUGUGGUGUAAUUGAAUGCAUACCUGACUGUAAAUCCCGUGACCAACUUGGCAGACAGACAGACUUUGGGAUGUAUGAUUACUUCCGUAACCAGUAUGGAGAUGAGUCUACCCUGGCCUUCCAGAAGGCAAGAUAUAACUUCAUCCGCAGUAUGGCCGCCUACAGCCUUCUGCUGUUCUUGCUACAAAUCAAAGACAGACACAAUGGCAACAUCAUGCUGGACAGCAAGGGACAUCUUAUCCACAUAGACUUUGGCUUCAUGUUUGAGAGUUCUCCUGGUGGUAACCUGGGCUGGGAGCCAGAUAUCAAACUGACAGAUGAGAUGGUGAUGAUCAUGGGGGGCAAGAUGGAGGCGACACCCUUCAAAUGGUUCAUGGAGAUGUGCGUCAGAGGAUAUUUGGCUGUACGACCCUAUAUGGAUGCAGUGGUUUCCCUGGUCACUCUCAUGUUGGACACUGGGCUACCAUGCUUCAGGGGACAAACUAUCAAACUCCUUAAAGGGAGAUUUAAUCCUCAGAUGAGUGAGAAGGAAGCAGCGGCGUACAUCAUCAAAGUUAUCCAAAGCUGUUUCCUCAGCAACAGGAGCAAAACAUAUGACAUGCUUCAGUAUUACCAGAACCAAAUUCCAUACUGAACAUCUGAUCUGCUGCUCACCUAGCUAUGACGUCUACUACAACUACUAACUACAACGUCUAGUACUACUACUACAACCACUAACUACAACGUCUAGUACUACUACUACAACCACUAACUACAACGUCCAGUGCAGAGGUCUCCUCUGAAACACGAGACAUCAUCUGCCCCAUGCAAAUGUCAAGUCAGAUAAAGAGGGUGGAUACACAGUAAAUCUGUUUUAACAUUACGGAUUAUAUAUAUAUUAACAAUUUAAUUCAACAAUGGUGAAUUAAAACCGCCAUCCUUGACAGUUUUCUACAUCAGGGUGCUCAAAGGAAAAGUAACUAUAAUGUAAGAUUUUCAGAAUGACUGUCCUGAUUAACCAUGCUAGAAGUAAAUAAAAACAAAAUAUUGGGACGUGAGUCCAACAAAAGUUAAUUUAAAAGUUAAAUUUGAUAUCAUUUUUCAUGAUAUUUGAGUGUUCUUGUUUUUUGUUUUUUUUUACCUUAAAAAUGACUUGAAACAAGUUAUUUGAAUUAUCACUUAAGAUUUAGAUUUUUUUUUGGAUGCUGUUAUUUGUAACAUAUCAACACUUAAGGAAG